CCCUCUGUCUGAAGUGCUGCAUCAUCGUUCCCGCGUCGGACGCGCCGAGUCCAGGCUGCUUAUUGUGGCUGCUUCAUAUUGUAACUGGCAGCCGUGGUGGAGUUUCCACAAAUACUGGACUCGCUGCACAUAUCGCUGCUGUUGCCAGGCAGCCUGGGAUGGAGCAGUCUGGCGCCUGGUUGCGGUACUGUAUCAAAUUUUGUGCUAUGGUUAAAUUAAUUUAAUACCCGUCACACAAGGGAACUCUAAUUUAUCAAAGCUGGGAACUGGCAGAUGGGAAGACCAGUACUUAUAGCGCACUGAUUUCACACAUUAGGAAUGAAUCCUGGAAUGCCAGUACACACACACAUCCACAUCCUCUCAGUCAUGUCAUCAUUUGUGAAUCACGUCUUUGCACGUUAGUAAUCAAAGUAUUUUUGUUUUAAACUUUCACAAAUGUCUCAAAUGUCACAAUGUCUCUCUGGGAUGACCUACACUCUGCAUCGUCUCUGAACGCAGCACACACUCUGUACUAUUGAUUAUAGGAGCACCUGCCUCAUAAACUGUCCGGUCUCUUUCUCUGUGGAUGCUGAUGCUCAGGUCACCUGAGGUCACCUCCACCCAGCUCCACUCACUCGGUGCCUGUGUGGAAGUGGACUCAGACUCCUCAGACUCCAGCGUGGGGACAGACACCAGGGUCCGGCGCUGUGUUCCUCUCUGCUGAUAUCAGCUUCGAGUGGGACUUUCAUACGGAGCCUGUCUUGUUCAAGUGUCUCUGCAGUGGAGUCUGCGCCUCUUAAAGCCUCCAUCUGCCAGAGAGACCGCUGAAGUCCUCCUGGCCCGACGAGCUCCAGUCCAGUGAGAUCAUGAGGGUUCAGCCUUCAGAUGUCACCAUAAUAAAGUAUUAUGUUAUACUCCAUCCCAUUACGGAAGUCUUCGAUUUGAUCUAUGUUAUUUCAGCUGCGUGGCCAAAUAAUAACCACACCUUAUGUGCUAGCACCUGUGUGACUUUAGCUUCACAGCAUCCUUGUACUGUGUCAGUGGAGGGUGUGAGUGGCUCGUCCCAUCUGUGCUGAGCAGCGGGGGUGCCAGAACCGGGCCCGGUCGGACACUAGCAGAGCCAUGUGGCACGCUAGCACCUCCGUGAUCGGGACACGGAGCAGGCUGCGUGCGAGGGCACAGCUGAGAGGCACAUUUGGCAUUCAGUGUGGCUGAAGCCUCAGAGCCGUGGUCGAUUAUCCACCAGACGAGAGUCGUGGCUGGACACGUGCAUCACCGUCAGUACUGUGCAUGAUCGGCUUGUGCUGGGUUGGUCUUUAUUCAGCUGGUCAACCACCUAUUAGAGCUGUUUGUCUCUGAACGUACUGCGAUUGAACAGGUGAUUGUGUUACUGUGCGUGCGUGAGACCUUUUCAAGACACCUGAGAACCUGUAACAGUGGACGUUAGUAGACGUGACAAUGGAGCUGAUGAGGUCUAAUUGCAGGAGCCGAGCUGGUACCGGUAAGUAUGACGGCUAAGCUCAGCAACAGCCACAUAAUAUCAAUUGAUUUCAAUUCUCUACUGUGAAAUGAGUCCGUUUGAAAAGGCACAAAUCAAGCCCUCACACAUCAGCACUGAAAUGUGGAGGACCGACACAUGAGGAAAGCAUGGAAGUCACCUGACAGGAGGUGAAGUGGAGCCAUCGGUGUGUGUCACGUGAAAGACACAAAGUUUGUGUUCUACUUGCACUAAUUGUUUGCUCCUCAUCUCAUACAGAGACAUUUCUGCAGCUCUGAGAGACCUGAAUGCACCGUUGCUGCAGUUGCAUCAGCAAGUUACUCCUCUAAUCUCGUAUUUUAGCGCUGUGUGAUGACUUGUGUGUAUUGUGCUGGCCAAAAGGCUCCUGUGGGGCCUGUUAGGAAGCCAGUGAAGGGGGACUGUGAUUACUGGGCCGCUGUGUUUCAGGCUGACAGUCAUAAACUGCUGCUGCUAGUCUCCCCCACACCCGGGUGUAAACGCGGUGCCUGUAAUGGCUUCAAGUGAUGGAUUAGCAGUGAUGAGAUUAGAGCCAUAAAAAUCAUUUCUGGGUUAAUAAUAGAAAGCAAUAUACAUAUGUGGGAAACAGGAUUCCGUGGCAGGGUUGUGUUUAGGUUUGUUCAGGCUUCACGCGUUUCAUCUGUGAGUGAAACGGAUCAGCUGUCUGUUUUAUAGGCUGCUCUUCUUGGAGACACGCAGCCUCUGUAAAGGUUGGGUCACAUUCACCUCAACUCUGAAAAUAUGUCAUAUCUACCUGACAGUCGACUUUCUUUACAGUCCACCUUAGAUUCAUAGGUGUGUGUCAGCGCUGCCCCUACAGCUCACAAUGUGAAGUACAUGUGAGUGAGAUUCUGCCAUACUGUGAAUGUGCAUAAAUCUCACUGACUGAAGCCCCUUUUCAGUUUCUCUAAAAUGGCAGAUCCCCAAAAGCUUCCCAGUAACUGGAACCUCCUCAUGAAGGUCCCAGUGUGUUUUCUGCUCCUGAAGGCGCUGACGCGCCGCUCACUGUUACGACCUGCUGGCAGGAAGCGUCCGGCGACAGCUGCGUGCGGCGUCGACUCAUGUGAGAGGCCUGGAGGCUGAGGAUGCUCAGCUGCUGGAGGUGUGUCCUGCCACAUGUGGUGCCGUGCAUUACAUCACGCAUUCCUCGUAUACAGCACUGCUGCAGGGUCACCUUCCUGGAGACCACAGUGAUUCACACUCAUUCUUCUUUUAGAUUUUAGCUACUUACCUUCGAUAAUUAACUUUCUAACUUUCACUUACUGUAUUUUGCUGCGUGAUUUCCUAUUUUAUGCUCAUAAAGAUUCAGGCACACAGAUGCACUGUGUGCAUGAAGCCAUCGUGGAUCGUCGCACACUUACCGACCACUGUGGCAUAAACAUUAGGCUCUAAACCACACUAUUCAGUAGCAGAACAUCCACCCACACUUGUCACUUUUCCAUGAUGAUGCAGUUCACUGAAAGAAAUAACAACACCUUAGCACAGAUACGUUGUCCAGGUCACUUAGGAAAUGAUAAGAUGGGAUCUAUCAGCAGAACUACAGUACAGACAGUGGAGUCUGUCUUGUACUGAGCAGUUUGAUCUGCUGCUAACACGAUCAAGAUGAACACAUGAAAUGUGCAUGUGACGCCUGCUGAAGUCGAGCUACAGUAGAAAGUAGCAAAGUAAUCUGUUCCUGGAUAAUAAUCUGAUCCACUUCAACUCCGCUGACUGCUUGUCAAUCCACGUUUACUGGGCGUUGAAAGGAUUCAUCCAUCUUCAUGACGCUUGUGAGUCAACACGUUUGGUUAGUUUGCUCUAUAGGAAGAGCCGUGGACUGUGUGACUGCGCUAAAUCUGCAUUUUGACCUCCACCCACUCAAGGUGACUCACUCCAGCAUGCGAGGUGUUUCCACUGGACACAGAUAUAAAUACAGGCAUUCUGGGUCUUACAGUAGGUGGUCACGCAAACCUCAAAUCAAAGAGGUAAUGGAUUUUAAGCAGGGGUCAGAUAUUAAUGCAAAUACUGCAUCUUCAGCAUGAAAGGAGGAACAUCCUGGAUGUAAGAAGCUCAGUGGCACCAUCCACCAUGUAGCAGCAGCGGAUUUUAAAGCUAAAAUCCUGAUUGCUAUGUGUAUGUGAAUAUUGACCUUUGACCUAUUAGUCAAUAUGUAGGAGACACAAACUCUGUCCACAUACAGUAGAGUACAUACAAAGCUUCUCUAGACUUGUCUAGAGUUAAUGGCAGACAGUAACGACUGCACCUCAGGCUUCUUUGUUUUUUAUGAUAAUAAUUUAGAAUUAUUAAUAUUUCUAUUAUCUAAUAUCUGAAAACAGUCCCAUUACAAACAAAAAUAAUAUGUAUUUGCUACAGGCAGAGCAGAUGCUUGUCCCUAGACGUCUAUCAGACCUGAAACUGAGAUUGGGUCAACAGUUCUGGCCUGACAGUUGGGACUGGGGUGUGUUCAAGACGUCCCGGGCGCCAGGCGGCAUGAAUCACUUGGGGAAGCAGUGUGUGUGUGUGUGUGUGUGUGUGUGUGUGUGUGUGUGUGUGUGUGUGUGUGUGUGUGUGUGUGUGCGUGUGUGUGUGUGUGCGUGUGUGUGUGUGUGCGUGUGCGUGUGCGUGUGCGUGUUGGAGGGCUGAUAAGUGUAGGAGCAGUGUAACGUCCUUCAGAGCACAAAGUCAAGCAGGGAGCCAACGCUGUAUCUUCACUGCAGCCGCCAGGAGCCGUGUCGGAGAUCCAGUGAAUCAUGGGAGUGUACGAUGAACAAGGGGCGACCCUGGACGAGCCAGAACCUCGACGUCCGUCGAUCACAGCGAGUCGAGGAGGGUCCGUGUGUGGUCCACAGCUCCCUCUCAGCAGGCGUCCCCCUAAAGGCGCUGUCAGUGAGAAGAUGUUUGUGGGUCGGUCGCUGCUUUGAAGUAGAUGUGAAAAGUAUUGGUGGAUGGACCCCGGACGACCCCUCCUGUUCGGUGGAACAGUUCUGUCCUGAGUACAAUGAAUGGAGGAAGGCCGCAGACAUGAUCAUCCGCCGUGGUCAGGUGGCUGUGGGCACGUUGGGCGGCAGGAUCUACACAGCGGGGGGCGAAGAUGACGUCCGAUGGUACAGCAGCGUGGAAAGGUACGACCCAGACGCAGACAGCUGGAGUGCAGAUGUGGCCCCCCUGAGCAGCCCCCGCAGCGGCGUGUGCAUGCUCGCCAUGGACGGGGCCCUGUUCGCUGUGGGAGGACACCUCAGCAGCACAGCCACAAACACGGUGGAGAGAUAUGAUCCAGAGACGAACACGUGGAACAAACAGGCACCGCUGCUGACCAGACGCACCAGGGCGGCGGCCGCGGUGCUGGGGGGUCACCUGUACGUGAUGGGAGGGAGCGACGGCCAUGUGGCUCUGAGCUCGGUGGAGCGCUACGACCCUGCAGACGGCACCUGGUCGAUGUGCGCCCACAUGCUGAGUCCCAGGGAGAACGCCGGCUGUGCUGUGCACCGAGGCCACAUCUACGUGGCCGGGGGCAGAGAUGAGCUCAACCUGGAGCUGGCUACCGCUGAGAGGCUCCACCCCGAGACCAUGCGGUGGACGCCCGUCAAAUGCAUGAGGAGCAAGAGGGACGACCUGUCGCUUGCAGUGUUCAACGGUGCCCUGUUGGCUGUGGGAGGUUACGACGGUGUCACCAGCCUGAAAACAGCCGAGAUUUACGACCAUGAAACCAACACGUGGAGACACUUUGGAAGCAUGAAGAGCAAGCAUCCAGGGGGGAGAGUGGCUGUGCUGUGCUGAGGCUUGAGAACGCUCUUAUUAUUUUGAACAGUACAGAAGUGCAGAGAGAGAAAUAGCCUAAUGGGUGAACGCCAGACGACAGGACACAUUGUGAUAUGGUUCAACUCAGGCAGCAUAAUGACUGAAUAAUUGAAGAGUUCACUCCAAAAUGAGACAUUGCUGCAUUAGUCAAAGGUGGCAGCUAGUGUUACAAAAUCACGGUGAGCGUUAAAUGAAUGCACAUUAUAAGCUGCUAGGUUACCAUUACCGUUCUGGGCAUUAUGCACAAAACAGAUCUGCUGAAAAAGAAAAACAGCAAAUGCAUUGAGGUUGCAUUUGGACAGACUAGUCAGAGCCACAGAUUAUAUAUCGGACCGACGUUAUAUAAGAUAAGAGCAACCUCAGACAGGCCAAAGUCGCCUUAAAGAUUGAAAUACUCUGCUUCUACUGGACCCUUCAGGGUUCUGCUUUUAUAAAGAUUUUGAGUCUUUAUAUGUGCUGAACUCAACCAUGUCUACCAUUCAGCAAAGAUAUGCAAUCUUGCAAAAUAAGUAUAUUUAAAGAUAUAUAUAAUACUGUUUAUAAAGGCAUUUUUAUGAUAAAGGGUUGAUGUGGAGUAACAGUCAGUAGCUAUAACAUUAUAUCUACUGAUUAAGUGAUUGGCAUUACAGUGCAAAGAAUAUUCCUAUUGCUUUUCACUUGUGUGUUUUGAGCCUUUCUGUUUUGCUUCAUUUUUUUUAGAUGUUUGAAUGUCAGAGUUUCCUUCAUCGUGUGUCUAUUAAACUCAUCGCUACGUUUUGUUCGCUCAUUAUGUUACAAGAACAUCUCCACUAUUAUACCGCAGCUGAGCCCCUGCAGCGACUGUAAACAAGGAACUUUAUCAUAUUCAUAGACGUAUAAAGUGCUUUUAAUCUAUUUAUCAUUUAGUUUGUGUAAAGAGUCCACUUUGGGAGAGGAUGUAAAUAAGAGACAUGAGCUGAAGCAGGCAGCGAUAAACAAAUCGUCGGGACUCAAGAUUCUGAGUGAGAUAAGCGAAUGAGUGAGAUCUGACUGCUGGCAUGGGAAAGCGUAAGUGGCUGUGUGGGCUUUAAAAUGAUGACGCUCAGCUCUUUCCCCUGGAGAAUUAUGGGCUGAAAUGUGGAGAGGCUGAGCACAAGGAACGCUACACAGAUCAGCGCGGCUUUUCCGGAGACACGCACGAGCCAGAGGUGUCUCCCUGUCGUCCGUCUGUGAGAACAGCAUGAAUUAUUAUUUCAAUUAUAGGGGGACAGUUGUAAGGCAAAAGGCUGAAGAGCGAGCUGUUACAGGUAUGUUUUAACAGACAAUAUGUGAGAGAUUGUGAUUUACAAUAAGUAGCUAUGACUUUGCAUGUACUGUACUAUAGGAUUUGCUUUCUGCAGGACAAUGGGAAAUAAAUGACUUAUCAUUUUACAUCGGCAA